GUUCUUGGAUGAGAUUGUCCAUCUUUUACACGCUUUCUAGAACUUCGCCACAAUGGCUUUAACUCCAUGGUUUCUCCUUCUCAUCAGCCUCGUAUCUACUCUGCUAGUUGAUGUCACUCUGUCUGCUGCUCACCAGGAUAACCGGAAGGAUUACAUAGUGUAUAUGGGUGACAAGCCAAAGCCUGAGGUUUCCACCACUACCACAUCAGCUCUUCAUGUAAACAUGCUACAAAACGUCGUCGACGACAGCAAUAUUGCGCACGAAUCUCUGCUUCUGCACAGCUACAAGAGAAGCUUCAAUGGCUUUGCCGCCAGGCUAACGGAGGAAGAAGCACAGAAGUUGGCUGGAAUGGAUGGUGUGGUGUCUGUUUUCCCUAGUGAAACUAAGAAGCUCCAAACAACAAGGUCAUGGGACUUCAUUGGGUUUCCUGAAAUGGUGAAGAGAAGCGCCAUUGAAACGGAUAUAAUUGUCGGGGUGAUUGACUAUGGAAUUUGGCCUGAAUCCGCCAGCUUCAGUGACGCCGGGUUUGGUCCACCCCCCAAAAGGUGGAAAGGGGCCUGCAAGGGCGAAGGCAAUUUUACUUGCAACAAUAAAAUUAUCGGAGCACGGUAUUACCGCAGUCUACCCUACCCCAAAAAUAGCAGUGAUAUCUUGUCCCCGAGAGACACGGAAGGCCAUGGAACCCACUGUGCAUCAACAGCAGCAGGGAACUUAGUUAGCAAGGCAAGUCUGUAUGGUUUAGGGUUGGGGACAGCAAGAGGAGGGGUGCCAUCAGCACGCAUUGCGGUGUACAAAGUUUGUUGGUCAGAAGGGUGCCCGGAUGCUGAUAUACUAGCGGCAUUCGAUGAUGCCAUAGCUGACGGUGUUGACAUACUCUCUGUCUCCCUUGGGGGGCCUAAACCGUUAGAUUAUUUCAGAAAUUCCAUUGACAUUGGAGCUUUUCACGCUUUAAGAAAAGGAAUAUUCACUUCCGCAUCUGCUGGUAAUGAAGGUCCAAACCUGAAAACUAUUACAAACUUUGCACCAUGGUCUCUUGCUGUGGCUGCUAGCACCAUAGAUCGUCACUUUGAUACCAAGGUUCAAUUGGGAAACCACAAAAUUUAUGAGGGAAUAGUAACAAACACAUUUGAACUCAAGGGUAAAUUCUACCCCAUAGUAUAUGCUGCAGACGUUCCAGAUAGGGCAGCAGGUUACGAUGGGGAAACUUCCAGGUUAUGCCAUAUAGGCACGUUAGACAAAAAAUUGGUGGAGGGUAAAAUUGUUCUUUGCGAUGGGACUACUGGGGAUGGGGCUAUAUAUGCAGGCGCUUUUGGUUAUGUUUUGACAAGCCGAAAUGCAGCAGAUGUAAUCGAUCCUGUUCCAGUACCAGCAGCUUCUGUUUGGUUCCAUGUUGGUAACGAAAUUACCCAUUACAUAAACUCAACCAGGAACCCAACAGCAACAAUUUGGAAAAGUACUGAGGGUAGGGAUGCACUGGCCCCAUAUGUACCUUCAUUCUCAUCAAGGGGUCCAAAUCCAAACACUCCUAACAUUCUCAAGCCAGAUAUCGCUUCUCCUGGAGUUUCCAUUCUAGCAGCAUGGCCUCCAAUUACCCCAGUUUCAGGUGUUGAAGGUGAUGACAGAGUAGCUUCAUACAAUAUAAUCUCGGGGACAUCAAUGGCAUGCCCACAUGCUGCGGGCGUGGCUGCAUACGUCAAAUCAUUUCACCCCAAUUGGUCACCUGCUGCUAUCCUGUCAGCUCUUACGACUACUGCCAAACCUAUGAGUGCAAAUCUUAACCCUGAAGCCGAAUUCGCAUACGGUGCUGGCCUAAUAGAUCCUAGUAGGGCUCCGUAUCCUGGUUUGGUAUACGAUGCUGCUGAAAUCGAUUACGUAAAUUUUUUGUGUGCACACGGCUAUAGUACCAGAUUAUUGAAAGCUCUUACAGGGGAUAGCUGCUCAUCAUCACAAUCGAGUCAUGGAACACUCAGUGAUCAUCUAAACUAUCCUUCUGUUGCACUUUCCACCUCGAACCCUAAAUCCGUCAAUGGCAUUUUCAAUAGGACCGUCACAAAUGUUGGAUCACCAAAGUCCUCAUAUAAAGCUAAAGUGAGUGCACCACCAGGACUUGAAAUCAAAGUUAAUCCAAGCGUUCUAAAGUUCACAUCUCUCUGGCAGAAGCUAUCGUUUCAAGUCACGGUGAAAGGGUUGAUUGAAAAAACCAUAGUCUCUGGUUCUCUGGUGUGGGAUGAUGGUAAUUUCCAAGUGAGGAGCCCCAUUGUUGUGUAUUUUGUGAUUUGAGAACAGGGUAUGUGUAAUAAUGUAUGAUGUAUGAAUAAGUAAUUGCAUGAAGCUAGACAGGGCUCCAAUGAAACAAAAGUGCAACGUACUGAUCACGAUGAUGUAUUUCAAAUGAAAAUUUAAUUAUUAUAUAUUUAUGAACCUUUAAUAUGAUGUAGUACAUCGAAAUUUGAAACGUACUCAUUCAAGGAUA